AAACAUCCAACUAGGUGGAAGGUUAUAACAGUGAGGUACGAUCAAUGAGGCUUCGAUGCAAAAAGGGGAUUUUUCUGUCACUGCCCGGCAAAAUAAAAAGGAGGGAAGCUACCGAACCCUUCCUAUUUCACCUUCAAUUAGGCGAGAGAGAGGAGGAAGAACCAAACAGCGGAGAGCACAAGCACGGAGCACGCGUUCUUCGUCUCUCACCUCACGGGAGGCGAGGGCGAGGAAAGCAAUCGGAUUGGGGAGGCUAGUCCUAAUCGAGCAAGAAAUCCGAAGACUACUCGCCUUUUCGCCUCCCCAUUUCCUCCCGAUUUGGGUUUGGGUCGCGGUAGCUAAUCCGGCGCCCAAAUCCACCGGAAUCGCCGAAGGAUCUAGCAAGAAAGGCGCGGUCCAUCUUCCCUGCCCCCUCUCCUCCAUCGCCCGUUUGGCCGCGGCUUUUCUCCUCUCUGGGCGAUUUGGAGCCGCCAGAUCACUCAAUUUUCCUCGUCACGCGUGCCCAACCUUGAUCAGAAGACUUCCUACAUACAGGAGCCUGUGUUUUGAAAGGAAAUUUUAGUAUGAAGCCUGAUCAGUUAAUUUUCUCCAAUCUUGAUCAUGACAGAGGGUACAUAUACAAGUUCCCACCAGAGUUUCCAAUGUCUCAUGAUCUCGGGUUGAAUAUUUUUUCACAUGUUGGUGCAUUAGUGGGGACUUCUUUAAGACAUCACAGGCAGAUUUGUUCUUCAGGAAAUCUAAUGGUUCAUGGAGCUUUCAAUCGCCUCAACAAGUUGUCCAGAGCUUUCUAUUUCUGGCUUUCUAGGCCAUCUGAUCCCAAGAUUUUCCGCUGGCUGUUAGCUAUUGCAGGGCCUGGUUCUAGUUCUUGUCAGUCGAAUAUGAAACAAGUUAGCUCCCACAUGCAAAAUUUUACUAGAUUGCAGUUUGGUUCUCUAGUAAGAGAAGAGCAUGCAAUACAACUGCUUUUAGCUAGGGUUGCAAAUGCAAUGAUUGGGCGACUGUGGAAUGAUUUUGAGCAACAACAUGCCUUCAAUCUUCUUACUCUAUCCGGUGCUGCUGCUAUUGUACCACCACUCGAAAAUAUAUCACCAAAGAUGCUUGCCGAGUCAAUCGCAUUGGGAAAUAUUGAUGGUUAUACCAGCAGACCAGCGGAUCAGCCUUAUGUAGAAGGAAAAUGCCUAAGUUGUACUAGUGUUGCUGUGCCAAGCACAAUCUUUAAAGAAGAUGCAAUUGAACCAAAAACUGGAAUCAAAUUCCCAGCAUUUCUCGAAGAUGACUCCAGUUCAUCUGCAACGGUCCUUGUUGGAAUAGGUUUCAAAGGCAUGAGAAUAAUGAGAGUAAAAAAUUUGAACCUGUACGCAUUCGGUUUAUAUAUGCAACCAAAUUCUAUCUGUGAGAAGCUGGGUCCUAAGUAUGCUUCAGUUCCAACCACCAAACUGAUGGAUAACCCAGAUUUCUAUAAUGAUCUUCUGAGGGAAAACCUUCAUAUGAGGGUUAGGUUGGUAGUGAACUACAAUGGCCUUAGCAUUGGUGCAGUGCGAGAUGUAUUCGAGAAGUCCCUUGGUCUGCGUUUGCAGAAGAUGAAUCCCAACACCGACUAUCAUUGCUUGAAGACCUUUGGUUCUUAUUUCACAAAAGAUAUCCCUAUACCUGCGGGUACUGAGAUUGAUUUCUGUCAAACAUCGGACGGACAGCUAAUAACAGAAAUUGAUGGCAAACAAAUUGGUGCUGUUCGGAGCAAAGACCUUUGCAAGGCUUUCUUCGACAUGUACAUUGGCGAUUCACCAGUUUCAUUGGAGGCCAAAAAAGAUGUUGCCCAAAACAUAGCUGGGCUCAUAGGAAGACGCUGAGGAAAGCAAAAACCUAACGGCAGCUGGUCAGAUAAUUGUUUCAUUCUUCUGUACAGUCAGAGAGGAGCACAUAUCAACGGGAAACUAGGCGAGAAUCAUAUGCAAUAUAGUGAUCUGUAAGUUGUAAACAAAACUGUAAAAAAAUGUAAUUGGAAGAUAGCAUAUUUCAACUCUGCAAGGGUCCCCAUUCUUUUUUUUUUCCAUUGGGAUGGGCCUUUUGCCAAUUUUUUUACAGCUGCUGUAUCAUGUAUGCUCCAUUGAGCCAGAAGUUGUAAAACAUGGAGGAAUUGAGGAUGCUUCUUCCACUAAAAAGAAAAUGGAAGCCUUAAAAUUUUAUUCA